AUGUUACAAGCUCCCACUUCUGAUCGUUCUGCAUUAGUUGCUAUUCCGCAGGGACAGUUUGGGUCUGGCAGUGGAAAGUCUCAGUAUGGUACUACUAAUGGGACCAUAAACCGUAUGUCACUCCAAUGUGAUUAUUGCCACAAUACUGGACACACCAAGGAUUUCUGUUGGAAGUUACGUGGUCGUCCUUCUCGUGGGCGAGGCAGUGGACGUGGAGGUCGAGGUCGUGGUCCCGGGCGUUCUCAGGCUCAGGCACAUGUUUCAGAGUUUACUACCUUGUCUGAUUCUGGGUUCAGUACAGGAGUUCAGUCACCUUCUGAAUUUGUUGGCGGUUUCUCUCAGGGGGAGAUGCAAACUCUCAGGCGUCUUAUGGCUCGGGCUGAUUCUUCCUCUACUAUAGCUCCUACUUCCACAGCAGCUUCUACUGCAUCCUAUUUUGCUCAUUCAGGAACUGGAAACGGGGAAGGUGAUUGGCAGUGGUAAAGCACAUGGUGGUAUCUAUUAUCUGGAGCAUGGACCUCAUCCAUCUCAGCCAUCUUUAUCAUGUGGACAAGCUCUACGGGCAGAUAUGAGUUUCACUCUUUCUUUGUUACAUCGGUGGCACCGUAGAUUGGGUCAUCCCUCGUUUGGGAUAUUAGAGAAACUCUUUCCUAUUUUAGUUAAACAUUGUCCUAGGGAUCAGUUUUUUUGUGAAGCCUGUGAGUUUGGAAAACAUAAACGCUCUUUUUA